AUGGCUGAAAGAAGAGCUAAGGGACUUUGUUUUAACUGUGAUGACUUGUAUGGCCCUGGUCAUGCUUAUAAGGCAGUUUUGUUCUAUAUUAGACCCCUCUUGGAGGGAGAGAAUAUGGAUGAUGAGCCCUUUGACGAUGAGGACAUCAAUCUCUCCCUUAAUGCUAUGAAAGGAGAACAAACCGAGAGCACUUUGCAAGUGAAAGCAGACAUUGCAACUGGAACAGGAUGGACAUUGUUGGACACAGGGAUUACUCACAAUUUUAUUCAGAGUAGUGUAGCGGAGAAGUUGGGAAUACCAAUACGACGGCGGCCGGGAAGGUUCGUAUCUCUCGCCGAUGGUGGCAAGUGUGUAAUCGACGGGUUGUGCAAGGAUCUUCCAAUGAUGGUACAAGGACACAAGUUCACGGUAGACUGUUUUGCGAUUCCGUUGAGUGGGUUUGAUGUCGUUCUCGAUACUUUGAUCAAAUGGCAUGGAGAGGCUGAGGAAAGGAAGGACCACAAUUCUAAUUUAAACUCCAUCCAGAAUGAUACACUUGAGGACUGGUUCAAUAAUGGGGAGGAAAUUUUUAUUACAGGGGAGAAGACUUUGCCACCUCAACGAGCUUGUGAUCAUCGUAUUCGGCUGAUUCAAGGAGCCAACCCUAUCGCAGUUCGACCGUAUCGCUACCCUCAUCUUUUAAAAAAUGCCUUGUCUGAAGCUCCUAUUUUAGCCUUGCCGGAUUUUUCACAAGAGUUUGUUGUGGAGUGUGAUGCUUCGGGCAGUGGCAUUGGAGCAGUUAUUCAUCAACGAGAUCACCCUAUUGCAUGUUUUAGUCGGCAAUUAGCCGCUCGUCACCAUAAACUUGCAGCAUACGAAAGAGAACUCAUUGGUUUAGCUAAAGUGGUGAUUCAUUGGAGGUCUUACUUAUGGGGCCGUCGAUUCUUGAUUCGCACAGACCAUUACUGUUUAAAAUUUUUGUUGGAACAACGCCUUUCUACGUCUCCGCAGAUCCAUUGGAUUAGUAAGCUACUUGGAUUCGAUUUUGGGGUGGAGUUUCGGGAUGGAAAACACAACAAGGCAGCCGAUGCCUUAUCUCGACGUGAUGAGGAGGACCAUGCAGGUCAAUGUGAGAUGUAUGCACUUAAAGGACCUGACACGAGUAUUUUUGGACGACUGCGGGGUGAAAUAGAGAGGGAUGCGAAGCUCGCUACAUUGCAGGAUAAGGUUAUCUGUGGAGAACUGACAAAGGAUUGGGUGGUUAAGGAUGGGUUAAUAUUCUAUAAGGGUCGAGUGUAUCUCUCUUCUGGCUCCGAAUUGGUAGGUGAGGUGGUUUCAUGAUUUCAUAAUU